CCUGCAAUCUAACGGACCGGAUAAAUGGACAAGGGGGAUGGAGUAUAGUACAUUACAUACGUGCGGUGCGUGCAGACUUGGCCAUUAUGAAAAGGAAAUAAAUGGUUAUUUGCGGCCGGUCGGUUGGUCUGUGGAUCAGUAAAAUGCGUAUGCAGGUGUUUGCUGGCGAGUUUCAUUCGUUGUAUUUAGUUAAUACUCUUUGGUGCCCAGGUGACAUUGAGCAUUUUACUUCAUCAAAUGUCAUCUUGUUGGCGCAUACUAUGUGGACGAUGAAGAUAUAUCAACCUCAACGCAAGAGCCGCAUUAAGAGAUCCCUAGCUCACUUUGCCACUUCUUUCGUCCUUAUCUACGCCGUUUUAAUAUCGAAAUUACGAUGGGCGAAUCACAAAGACAAUUUAUUUCCUGCAUGAAUGUUGAUUCUGAAACACUAAAGACAGGAACCCGCUGAUAGUCGGCCGAGCUUAAACUCCAGCAGUGAAGAACUCUAUACAACGACUUAACAGCAACCAUGAAUCCUCCAUUGACAUCUUGC